UUACUUGAAUAAAAUCCGCAAAACUGUCUUAAAAGCUAAAAUCAGAACGACCUGAUAAUAUGCACCCGAAAUAUGAAAAAAGAUAAACAAACACAAACAUCGAUGGUUGUUUGUUUGCUUAUUUUGCUAUAUAAGACCUGCCGUUUGCGGUUGUAGUCAGUUCUCGUUCUCCACUCCAGAGCUUAACAAUACAUCAGCAUUUCCAGCAUGGAUUUCUACUAUAUGCCAGGUAGCGCUGGGUGCCGUACGGUCAUCAUGGUGGCCAAGGCCUUGGGUCUGGAGCUCAACAAGAAGCUGGUGAACACCAUGGAGGGCGAUCAGAUGAAGCCGGAGUUCCUCAAGCUCAAUCCCCAGCACACCAUUCCCACAUUGGUGGAUAAUGGAUUCUCCAUUUGGGAGUCCCGUGCCAUCGCCGUGUAUCUGGUGGAGAAGUACGGCAAGGACGACUCCCUCUUCCCCAAGGAUCCCAAGAAGCAGGCCGUGGUCAACCAGCGCCUGUACUUCGACAUGGGAACCCUGACCGACGCCUUCACCAAGUACUACUAUCCCCUCUUCCGCACUGGAAAGUUGGGAUCUGAGGAGGACUUGAAGAGGAUCGAAACCGCCUUCGGAUUCCUCGAUACCUUCCUGGAGGGCCAGGAGUACGUCGCUGGCGACUCGCUCACCGUGGCCGACAUUGCUAUUCUGGCCAACGUCUCCACCUUUGAGGUUAUCGAGUUCGACUUCAGCAAGUACUCCAAUGUGGUCAGGUGGUACGCCAAUGCCAAGAAGGUUACUCCCGGAUGGGACGAGAACUGGGAGGGUCUGCUGCUCAUGAAGGCUUUCUUCGACACUACGAAAGCAUUCUUCAACAUGGACUUCUACUACAUGCCAGGCAGCAGCGGAUGCCGUACGAUCAUCAUGGUGGCCAAGGCCCUUGGACUCGAACUGAACAAGAAGCUCCUGAAUACCAUGGAAGGUGAGCAGUUGAAGCCGGAGUUCGUGAAGCUGAAUCCCCAGCACACGAUCCCCACCCUGGUGGACAACGGGUUCUCCAUUUGGGAGUCCCGUGCCAUCGCCGUCUAUCUGGUGGAGAAGUACGGCAAGGACGACUCCCUCUUCCCCAAGGAUCCCAAGACACGGGCUGUGGUCAACCAGCGCCUGUACUUCGACAUGGGAACUCUGUACGAUAGCUUCGCCAAGUACUACUACCCCCUAUUCCACACUGGAAAGCCCGGAACUGAGGAAGAUCUGAAGAAAAUCGAAACCUCCUUCGGGUUCCUCGACACUUUCCUGGAGGGCAGGGAGUAUGUGGCCGGCGACCAGCUCACCGUGGCCGACAUCGCCAUCCUGGCCACAGUCUCCACCUUCGACAUUGUUAAGUUCGACUUCAGCAAGUACGCCAAUGUCACCAGGUGGUAUGCCAAUGCUAAGGAGGUGACUCCCGGAUGGAACGAGAACUGGGAGGGUCUGCUGGCGAUGAAGGCACUCCUUGAGGACCGUGAGGCGGCUGGAAAGUAAUUGACUCUCAGAUAAUUUAUUGUAUUUAUGUUACUUUUAAAUCAAAUAAAGGAAAAUUAAGUGGUUGUUAAAUUUUCAA